AGUUUGUCCAAGUUCAUUAUUAUGUGGUCCAAAUUGUCCCGACUCUCAAUUGACUCAAGCCCGGUCUGAAAAAAAAAAAAAUACUCAAAUUAUCCCGGUUAAUUUAAUCCAAUCCCGUUUAAUCAAGCCGCCCUUGAUCUGGCCAAUAACGCACAUACAGUCUCACCAGCUCCAUUAUUAGUUUAUUACAUAACGGCAAUCGAGCAAAUCUCGUAUUUGUUCAUCUCAAAAACCACACACAACACACAAUCGCACACACACGCCUUAGCAGAACAAUGGUAGGUCCCCUUCGAGCACAGUUCGUAUUAUUCGGCUCGUCCAUAGUUCAAAUGUCCUUGAAAGCUGGAGGCUGGGGCUCUAUCCUCUCCGACCUAUACGAUAGAAAGGCAGACAUAAUUGUGCGAGGAUAUGGAGCUUGGAAUUCAAGGAAUACUCUUCAAGUCUUGAACAAGAUUUUCCCAAAGGAAGCUGCAGUUCAACCAUCUUUGGUUAUUGUAUAUUUUGGUGGUAAUGACGCAAUGCGGCCCCACCCAAGCGGCCUAGGCCCUCAUGUUCCUCUCCUGGAAUAUAUUGAGAACAUGAAAAAAAUUUAUCUUCAUCUCAAGAGCCUCUCAAAUCAAACGCGCAUAAUUUUUCUGACGUGCCCUCCUGUGAACGAGACAAUGAUCAAACAAUACUUUGGCAAUUCAUUUGAUAAGCAAGAACGCACAAACGAGGCCUGCCGUACUUAUUCUGAUGCUUUGAUCGAUUUGUGCAAUAAAUUGGACAUCAAGGUCAUUGAUCUCUGGACAGCACUACAGAACAGAGAAGAUUGGGCUGCUGCUUAUUUACGGUAAUAAUAAAGACCAAGGCCAAAUUUUUUCUUUUUAGAUAAUCUCGUAUUGUUUGCUGUUACUUUUUCUUGCUCGUGGAUUUGUUCGUGCCAUGCAUGAAAUAUACGUCUCCAAACGAGCUGAACUUUUUUUUUUUUUUU